AUGGCACGUAAAGGUUAUUGGCUCCGCAAUGGUGCAAUUCUGGCCUUUUGUCUGACUUUAUUCUUCUUCGUCAUGCUUCCUCGAAGACAAACCAACACCCACGACGAUAGUGCUAUCGACUCUUUGCAUGAUAAGGCUUUGGCAACGUGGCCUGCAGAUAUCACAUCAGAACACUGCACACUUCCUCAUCCAGGACGACCUCUAAUUCAAUAUGUGCUCAUGAUCGACGCAGGAUCAUCAGGAUCACGUAUUCAUGCCUACAAGUUCAACUACUGUAAAGCAACGCCUGAGCUAGAGAGUGAGCUUUUUGAGCAACUCAAGCCUGGUUUGUCAUCUUAUGAUGAGGAUGCAGAAGGUGCUGCAAGAAGCUUGGACCCUUUACUCGAGUCUGCUCUUAAGGCUGUGCCCAAGUAUUUGUAUAAGAGCACACCUAUUGCAGUUAAAGCUACAGCUGGACUAAGGCUCUUGGGUGAGGCCAAAUCCACAAAUAUCCUAACAGCUGUUCGCAGGAGAUUAGAGACUCAAUACCCAUUCCCUAUUAUUAAGGAGCAAGGUGUUGCCGUUAUGGAGGGAUCUGAUGAAGGCGUAUAUGCAUGGGUUACUGUAAACUAUCUUCUGCGAAGAAUCAGUUCGCUCGAAAAGAGCCCAACUGUCGCAGUCAUGGAUCUAGGUGGAGCUUCUACGCAGAUUGUUUUUGAGCCCAAGUUGAUCAAUGGACAUUCUAUUGCGCAGGGUAACCACCGUGUGUCCAAAAGCUUCAAUGGAAACGGCUAUGUUUUAUUCCAGCAUUCGUACCUUGGCUAUGGACUCAAUGAGGCUCGACGACAGAUUCACCGCUUCGUCGUCGAGAACCCCAUCCCCAACGUUCAUAACAUCAACCUGGAACAGUAUGAGUAUCUUCAUCCCUGCAUGCCUGUCCACACACGUAUAACAUGGGAUUAUGAUGGCAAUGAUGUCACACUAAUUGGAGUUUCAGAUCCCGCUGGAGAAUGCAGGCGCGUUGUGGAGGCUAUCUUUUACAAAAACAAGGCUUGUAACCAGAGUCCAUGCUCCUUCAAUGGUGUUUAUCAGCCAUCGCUCACUACAUCUUUCGAUUCCGACAUUUAUGCAUUCUCAUACAUUUUUGACCGAGUCGCACCUUUCCGUCUCGGAAGCGACACUCCAACGCAGGACAUGACCUUGGGAGAACUUGCAGAGUUGACCGAUCGUGUAUGUGUAGCGGAUGAGAAUGAUUUUGAGGAGUUUGAGAAUAUUGCAGAAGCCAAGAAGGAGCUUGGUGAAGUUGCAGAAAUGUGCAUGGAUCUGAGCUACAUCUAUGGGUUACUUGGAUAUGGCUAUGGCAUCUCUAAGGAGCGUAAAAUCAAUUUGGCCAAGAAAAUCCGAGAUUAUGAGACAGGCUGGUGUUUGGGUGCUAGUAUUGAGGUUCUACAAGAUCGCUGGUUUGUUGGCGCAUAG